AUGGCAUUUGUUGCGAAUGGAAAUCAGUACGACUUCAUCGUCGUUGGUGGCGGGACUGCUGGUAAUGCGGUUGCCGGACGUCUCGCUGAGAACCGGAACGUCAGUGUUCUCAUCGUGGAGGCUGGUAUUCCCAACCCUGACCAGGUCUCUGCCAUCACCACGCCCUCCCAAGCAUUCGGCCUUCGCGGUAGCAAGCACGAUUGGGCUUACAAGUCGACCAUGAUUAAGCGUGACGACUAUGAGCGCAUCGAGAAGCCCAAUACACGAGGCAAGGCUCUCGGCGGGUCUUCUUGUGCCAAUUACUUUACCUGGAUUCCUGGCUCUAAGCCAACAUUUGACGACUGGGAAGAAUUUGGCGGUUCUGACUGGAAUUGGAAUGGUUGCGUUGAGUACCUUCGAAAGUGUGCUACCUACCAUGACGACAAGAAGCUAUAUCCUACGGAUCUGAAGAAAAUCGGCACUGGCGGUCCCAUCCAGAUUGAACACGCGGAUUUGGUGCCCGAGAUGAAGCCCUUCCGCGAUGCCCUCACCCAGGCGUGGGUAUCUAAGGGUGAGGCGUUGACUGAGGACAUCUACGAGGGUGAAAUGAGGGGCCUCACCCACUGUGUCGAUACGAUUUACGACGGUCAGCGCCAGGGCAGCUUCCUGUACCUGAAGAACAAGCCCAACGUCAGCAUCCUCUAUGGUGUCGAGUCCAAGCAGCUGAUCAUCGACCCCGACACCAACACCUGCCUUGGUGUCACUGUCGUCAACCCUGCCACUAAGUCUGAACUCAGUAUCUAUGCCAGCCGCGAGGUUAUUCUAUCUCAGGGUGUCUUUGAGACCCCUAAGUUGCUGAUGCUCUCUGGUGUUGGUCCUGCUGCUGAGCUUUCCAGGAAUGGUAUCGAGGUCAAGGUCAACUCUCCUCAUGUUGGCCAACACCUUUUGGACCAUCCCAUUGUUCCCUUCGUCCUUCAGAUUAAGGAUGGCUACGGUCUUGAUGACUAUAUUCUUCGCAAUGGCCCUGCCAACCAGGCUGCUGUUGCUCAAUACAAGCGUGACAAGACCGGUCCUAUUAGCUCUGGCCUCCUUGAGCUUGUUGGAUUCCCUCGCAUUGACCAGCGUUUGGAGAAGUACGAGGCAUACCGUGAGGCCAAGGCCGCUAACGGUGGCCUUGAUCCCUUCGGUCCGGCUGGUCAACCUCACUUCGAGCUUGACUUCGUCGGCCUGUUCAGCUCUGCAUUCCAGUGGCAUUACCCAGUUCCCGAAAGUGGCAAUUACAUAACUGUCAUUGUUGACCUGCUACGACCCCUCUCUGAAGGCCAGGUCACCCUGAACAGCGCUGAUCCGCAUGUCCAGCCCAACAUCAACCUCAACUUCUUUGGCAACGAUCUGGAUAUCCUUGCAAUGCGUGAGGGUGUACGCUGGACCUAUGAUCUUCUAACCACGGGCGCUGGCUUCAAGGACAUCGUUGUUGCGGAGUACCCCUGGAAGAUGCCUCUCGAUUCCGAUGACGAAAUGAAGAGGGCUGUCCUUGACCGUAGCCAGACUGGUUUCCAUCCUUGUGGUACUGCCCGUCUCUCCAAGAGCAUCCAGCAGGGUGUUGUUGACUCUCGGCUCCGUGUCCACGGCGUUAAGAAUCUCCGUAUUGCCGAUGCUUCCGUCAUCCCGGUCAUCCCAGACUGCCGUAUCCAGAACUCUGUCUACAUGAUUGGCGAGAAGGGUGCCGAUAUCAUCAAAGCUGACCACAAGGAUAUCUAUGAGUCUAAGAAUAUCCCUUACUUCUCUAGCCGUCUCUAA